CUCUGCGGUGUGUGGCGGUGGGAUCUGCGCUCAAGCAUUUUGGCAAGCCAAGGCUCAGAGGCACAAGUAGGAUCCAUGUGUCAUUGUCUCCUUGGUCACCAUGAAGCCCCGAAACACGGUGGAAACUCUCCUGAGAGCCCUGGGGAGAAGGGAAAGUGCCCGGAUACCAAGUAGCUGCCGGCCUGGGAAGGUGUCGGAGCCUCACAACUUCAAAGAGAAGGUUUUUAAGAAGAAGAAGAAGGCAUGUAUCGUGUGCAAGGAAUCCAUAGACGCCCAAGGGCUUGUGUGCAGAGUGUGCAAAAUGGCAAGCCAUAAAAAAUGCGAAGCCAAGGUGCCAUCUUCCUGCCAGCCCGUCCCUCCAAGCGAACUGAGACGGAAUACAGCCCCAGUCCGGCGCAUUGAACAUUUGGGCUCCACCAAGUCCCUCAACACUGCAAAGCAACGGAACACAUUGCCCAGAAGCUUCAGUUUGGAUCACGUAAUGGAGCGCAAGUAUGAUUUUGACCUCAUCUACAUCACUGAACGUAUCAUCUCUGUGUCUUUUCCUCCUGCUUUGGAGGAACAACGUUACCGUAGCAAUCUCCGAGAGGUGGCACAAAUGCUCAAAUCCAAGCAUGAGGACAAGUAUCUGCUGCUCAACUUGUCAGAGAAACGGAAUGACAUCAUCCGGUUGAACCCCAAGGUGCAAGAUUUUGGCUGGCCAGAUCUGCAUGCUCCACCUCUGGACAAAAUUUGUUCCAUCUGCAAAGCCAUGGAGACCUGGCUAAAUUCAGACCCUCAGCAUGUGGCUGUCCUUCAUUGCAAGGGCAACAAGGGCAAGACGGGUGUGAUCGUAGCCUCUUACAUGUACUACAGCAAAAUCUCUGCAAGUGCAGACCAGGCCCUCAGCACACUAACCAUGCGCAAGUUCUGUGAAGACAAAGUAGCUGCCUCCCUCCAGCCAUCGCAGAAGAGGUAUAUUCAUUAUUUUAGUGGGCUACUCUCAGGCACCAUCAAGAUGAACAGCAAUACACUUUUUCUGCACCACGUUCUGCUCCCUGCCAUUCCUACUUUUGAAAGUGGAGGAGGUUAUCAACCUUUCCUAAAGAUCUACCAAUCCAUGCAACUGGUCUAUACCUCUGGGAUCUAUAGCCUCCAUGGUGCCAGUGGCUCUCAGAAGAUCUGUAUCACUCUGGAGCCAGCCUUGCUCUUGAAGGGAGACGUCAUGGUGAAAUGCUACCAUAAGCAUCUGCAGGGCGGAGAGCGAGAUGUUGUGUUUUGGAUCCAGUUUCACACUUGUACCAUCCACAGCGCCCAACUCUGGUUCAGCAAAGACGAGUUGGAUGAAGCCUGGAGAGAUGAAAGAUUUCCCUUUGAAGCAAGUGUGGAAUUUGUCUUCUCUUCUAGUCCAGAGAAAAUUAAAGGCCGAGAAACCUAUAGAAACAAUGCUGAAGUUGCCAUAGAUUACAGUAUCUCUGAUCCUAUCGUCCGCUGGGAUUCCUACGAGAACUUCAACCUGCAGUAUGAGGACAGCCUGGAAGAUGUCUUACACACUCGGGGCCCUCUGGACGGAAGCCUGUAUGCACGGGUCAAGAAGAAAAGCGAGCUGAGUCACUUCUCCUCCAGCAAUGGCAGUCCAGGAAGCCUAGAGUCUCCACCACCGCAGGGAGGGCGUCUCCUGUCCAUCAGCAGUGACUCCGGACACUCCUCUAUGCUAACGGAGAAGGCAGAAGACAACACGCCUCCAUCCAGGCCUCAGCCCACACCAGCUGAGAAGGAAGAGUUGGAUCGGCUCUUGGGAGGCUUUGGCGUCCAGUCUCAGCAGCCAAGUGAGGGGUCCUGUUCUCAUUCAGUUUCCCCUCCUGCCACUAAAGAGAGAGAAACUGCCAUCUUAGAAGAUGAACUGUCAGAUGUCGGCCAGCCGGGAGGCUCUUUCUCCUACCAACCUCAACGUUCUGGCCUGGUCCGCCAUUGUUCUUGUCGCCUCGAUUACUGCUCCCACAGCCCUGAGAGACCCCGCAAUAUGUCCUAUUACAGGCCGGAAAGUGUUUUGGAGCGUCGGCAGCCCAUCCAUAACGGGGGGCACUCUCACCUGCACUCAGAGGGAUAUGAGGAGAAACGACGUGUGUUUCGUUCUCUUUCGGAGGGCCUACAGCCCCACACCUACCCCUACGGCCAUGAGCUGCUGCCUCCUCACAGUCCUAACCGGCGGGAGCCCAAUGAGCUGCUUAUCUUGGAGGACCAGCCUACCUUUUUAUGCCCAUGCCAAGAUUGCCAAGAAGCGGCGCGGGAAGAAUCAAGGCUGCCCCUGGCUUCCUUCUACAACUUACACCUGGAUCAGGAACCGGACUUCUGGGGGGUGGAAAGGCCACCCAUGCUUCAUCAUCCUCUCCACCGGGGUGGUCAGCCGGUGCCUAUUUUAAUGCCAGCCAGCUAUGGGCCCCAUUCCAUGCCCCAUCACCAGGCUUUUAACUUUGAGUCCAAUGUGAUGGCUACUCAUUUAGGCCAUGGGUAUUCAUCCCACCAGAGGCCCAAAGUAGCAGAAGAUAACCCAGAGGCAAUUGCUUAUCCUCGCUAUGGCUCAGCCUACCAUCCGGUUCCACCUGGAUACACCUGUGGCAGAGCCCCAGUCAAGUCCUGCCUCUCCCCCUACACCUCAGGGUAUUUGGGGUCUCCUCACUUGGGCUCCAUUUCACCAACCAGCCCGCUGUAUCCACCAGCCCGGAAGCAUGGAUUUGAACUCCCAGAGGGCAAUGAUGGAUACUUACUGUCACCAUCCACAGAACAACCAUGUGAGCUUCAAGACUGCAGGGAGGGCAUUCCCUGGCAGGACCUGCCCACCUCCCUACAACCUCACCGGCAGGAGGUCCGAGCUGCCUGUACAGAUGAGUCUAACUCUCCCAUGCCUGUGCACACCAGCAGUCCUGUAUUCAACAACAACAACAACAGCCCUGGAUCCCGCAAUCUCUGCCACAAGGCCGCCAGCCCCCUGGAGAACCUGCUCCAGUCCAACCUUGAGGAGCAAUCCUCUCCUGGAUACAAAAGAGCCCCUGAGAGAAUGACCUCAUCAGGCAACCCAUCCCAAAUCUUAUCCCCAAUGCCGGCUUUCGUGCACUUCCCUGCCUUCAGGCCACAAGCUAAUGGAGCCCCCCAGAGGCCGGGCCUCCAGGCGCCACAGCUGUGUUCUCGCAAUUACUGUGCUUCUAAUCCGCCACAUGGGCCUCCUUCAGCCCCUGCCAAGCACUCUCCCUUCCUGGAAAAGCAGCAGCAUCAAAAUGGCUCCGAUGCCUGUGGCCUUAGUGCUACGGUGUCGAUGCCCCGUGAGUUGCCCCCUCAAGACGCUCUGGGGCAUCAGCCAGGCCCUAUCAUGGAAAGACAGCCCCAGAGGCUCACGCCCAAGGAACCCUGCUCCAGCCAGCCCUCUCCUGGCUGCAGGACAGUCUCUGGUGCUCCAGCCUCGCCUACAACUCCGGCCAUCUACAAUGGGAGGUUGCAGAGUGAGCGAGAUGAACUGGACACAAAGGGCCUUCCCCACGGUCCCAACCUCAGCCCCUCUCUUGGGCCCUGCUCCCUCAGCAUCCAGCCCCCGGCACUCGGCAGUGGCAUCGCUGACAUGCAGGGCUCACCCACUCCGGCCUUCCCCAUUGCCACAGCCUACUACACAAGCAUGGAGGGUGGCUCUGGCAGCCGAGAGCAACCUCGGGAGCCCCAGCAGCCUCCCCUGCCUGAGAAACAUCACCUACUGGCCACCCGGACCUGGGAGAGGAACUCGCCACCGGGGCGUAGUCCAGGCUCUGCUCACCAUGUCACCUUUGCCCCUGGGGUGCCUGACGGCAGUGCCCCUGGCUCAGAUCUUCAGCAAGAGAAUCCGGUUAGCGUCAAAUUUGUCCAAGACACGUCAAAGUUCUGGUACAAGCCCCACUUGUCUCGGGACCAAGCCAUUGCUCUCCUGAAGGACAAGGAACCCGGCACUUUCCUUAUUCGGGACAGUAACUCCUUCCAGGGGGCCUAUGGUUUGGCUUUGAAAGUGAUAACACCUCCACCCAACAUAAUUAACCAUUCCACCAAAGGAGACCCUGCUGAGCAGCUGGUGCGCCACUUCUUGAUCGAAACAGGACCUAAAGGGGUGAAGAUCAAGGGUUGUAACAAUGAGCCCCAUUUUGGCAGCCUGCCAGCAUUGGUGUCCCAGCAUUCCAUCACCCCCCUCUCGUUGCCUUGCCAACUCCGCAUCCCAAGCAAAGAUCUCACUGAGGAAAGACCAGAGCUGGCCAUUCCCACCAAUAUGAGCACUGCGGCUGAUCUGCUGAAGCAGGGAGCAGCCUGCAGCGUGCUUUACCUGAGCUCUGUGGAAACAGAGUCCCUGACAGGGCCACAGGCUGUGGCGAAGGCGACCACCAGUAUCCUGGCUUCGACUCCCCAUGCUUCAGCCAGUACCGUUCAUUUCAAGGUGUCGGCCCAAGGCAUCACACUCACAGACAACCAGAGGAAGCUGUUUUUCCGGCGUCAUUAUCCGGUCAACAGUGUUACUUUCUGCAGCACAGAUCCUCAGGACCGCAGGUGGGCCAACAGGGAUGGCACUACGGCCAAGAUCUUUGGCUUUGUGGCCAAGAAACAAGGCAGCCCAUGUGAGAAUAUCUGCCAUCUUUUUGCUGAGUUAGAUCCUGAGCAACCAGCAUCGGCCAUUGUGAAUUUCAUCACCAAGGUUAUGCUGGGCACGCACCGUAGAUGAAGGCAGCUUGGCAAUUGCUCCAGGCCUCUCAUAUGCCAUCCUUCCUUCCUCCCCACCUUAGCUGCCUGUCUGGAUGCCUAUGAUGUUUUGUGGCAUCUCUGCAACAUGGGAACAGCAUGGCUAGCUCUACAGCGUUACUCAAAGUAGUCUUCUACCAUCUUCAUUUUAAUCUACUGUCUUAUUUCCACAACCCACUGACCAGGUGUAGUGGGGAAAGGGCCCACUUGAUCCCAACAGCUCAAGUGUGAUGUUUUAACAUUUAUCACUACCACAGAAAAACAGCCAGGAACUAAGAACACUACACAAUUCAUGGUAGUGUGCUGCUUCUGCUGUAAGCCAAGAUUUUAUAGUUAAGUGCAUUCUAAAGUAUCCAGGGUGGGAAGCAGUUUUGUACAGAUGAAGAAGAGAAAGAUUUAUCUAGCCGGUCACACUAAAUUUACUUGGAGGCACAUUUAAGAACCACCAGACUUCGUGGAAAGCAUAACCCUAGCCUUAACCCUAACCCUGAGCAAAAAGUAUCCAGUGGCCUUUCCUUCUACAAACAGCAUUGCUCCGGACAAGCAUUCCACUUUGUAAUGGAGAAAGAGGGCACUGGAGGUCCAAUAUUGUAUCUCCCUCCAAUAAGCAGAUUAGGCAUGACAGUCUUUAUUAGUAAAGCACAUCAAAUUCUAAAUCGUUUUCUUCUAUUAGACAAAGUGGUGCCAAGCUUGGUAUGAAGCAAUGAAUUAUUCGUGGAAUUACACCAGGUUCUAGCUGUAAAGUUUUUUGGGGGGAUUCUUAAAUGCAUAGUCUUUU